AUGACUGCCGUCGCGAGCCCCCCUAGCUUCCAGCAACUCAACCGACCGGGAUGGAACGUUAAUGGCGGCCAAAGUCUGAAUUCGAUGAAUCCAGAAGACGUCAGAGGCAUGUUCAUGCCGCGAAAAACGCUCCAGCGAAGCAACUCUUCCUCCUCCGUCUCAUCCACAUCCUCCAACUCGUCCACGACCACCGUUGCUACCAAUAGCUCUCAACCAAAUGGCACCCCGGCUUCUACAAACUCAGACAUGAGCUCCUGGAGCACCGCGUCCAGGAAGCGACCCCAGCCCAAGGGCCCCUGGCCUGCCGGCAAACCAGAAGGACAGGCCGAGUUCGGCAGGCCUGUCAUGCGCUCCCAGAUGAAUGGCGUCAACGGCGCGACGUCGUUGCAACAGGCACCUGGUCAGCCGCAGAUGAUGCCGCAGCAGGGACUUGGGGCCAGGCCCAUGGGUGAUCCGAUGCCCAACGGCCAACCCGUGCUUUACUUGCUGUCUUUGAAUGGCACUUUUGAGCGCAAGACUAUCUCGGUUCCUUACUACCCCGAGAGCCUCCGGAUCGGUCGCCAAACCAACCAAAAGACUAUCCCUACUGCGGUCAAUGGCUACUUCGACAGCAAAGUGCUCUCCAGGCAGCAUGCCGAAAUUUGGGCGGACCGUAUGGGCAAGAUCUACAUUAGAGAUGUCAAAUCCUCAAACGGUACAUUCGUCAAUGGUACGCGCCUUUCGCAAGAGAACCGCGAAUCCGAACCGCACGAACUGCAGACUGGAGACCAUCUCGAACUGGGUAUCGACAUCGUGAGCGAGGAUCAGAAGACUGUCGUCCACCACAAGGUUGCCGCCAAGGUGGAACAUUCGGGAUUCAUGACCCCUUCUAGCAAUGUUAUGGACAUGAGCUUUGGGGAUUUGGAUCCUGCCAACGGUAAUAUGAUGAUGCCGUCACCUCAGGCGGCGCCGUAUCGCGGGAGGACGGGUAGCAACGCGUCGAUGGCUAGUAAUGGACGGAUUAUGCAGCCUCAGCCGAUGGCUGGCAUGCCGGCGAACGGUGGAGCUGCUCGUGGGUUUCUGUUGACGCCCAUUACCACGGAGCACAUUGUGAAAAGGCUACACAACGAGAUGAGAAGCGCGCGUCUGCAAUCUCAAGAUCUUACCCGCACAGGCCAGUUCAUCGGCGCUCUUCUCGGCAAAGAGGACGUUAAGGACCUCGACAAGCCGGAGGUACCUGAGCCUCAAAAACAGCUCCCCAACGGCAACGGUAUGCCAUACCGUCCCGACGGAAAGACGAGAUUCUCAGACCCUCCCGCUCCUCCACCCCAGCAACCUCUCCCCGAGAAACCCGAUGUGCCAUCCUUGAAGCGAGGCACAACCGAACGACCGAAGGCGCACUCCGCAGCCAACAGUACCACUUCGCCUGUCGGACGCGAUAACCUACAUCAAAUCAUUCAACUGACCGAGGCGUUGAACAAUGCUAAAAAGGACUUGGACACGCAGACUGCCCGGAUUCGCGAUUUGGAGGAUAUGCUUCGCAAAGAACGCGAGGCUAGAGAGCUAGCGGAAGAUAUGGCCAAGAUUCUUGAGGACAGCGCCAUGACGAAGGAGGCGAACGGCGCGCCCAAGGAGCACGACACGGAAACCCUUUUGGAUGAAGCAUUCGAGCCCCCGCGUGAAGCUUCCGACAACCAAGACGUGGAGAUGACGGACGCCGAGCCCGUUCCCAGGGAGCCAGCACCGGAAAGCGCCGAAGAGGUUGCUGCCCGUUUCCAAUCCAAGAUCGAUACCAUGAUGUCGGAGAUGAGCGAUCUGAAGCAGCAAAUGGAAUCUUGGAGGCAAAGAUGCGACAAGGCCGAGUCGGAGCGGGACGCGGACCGCAAAACACUUGCUGAGAUGAUUGCUCAAAUCCGGAGGGACGAGGAGGUCCGGCAGGCUGCGGCAGAGGAGAGGGCCCGCUCACGGUCACGAGGACGACGCAACGGCAGCGCAGGACCUCAAAAGUCAACGUCUGUUGUGCAGACGGACGGUUCUGAUGAAUCAACACCAGCCGCCACUCAGGCCGGGUCCUCUCCGGAGGAUCUCAGCGACAAGCCGACGCUUUCACGCGCCAACACCAUCACGCCGCUUACCAUACCACCAGGCAAGCUGGCCAAGGACCAGGCACUCAUGGCUGGGGUUCCCUACGCAUCUAUGCUAGGUGUGGUGAUUUUAGGUAUGGGCCUGAUGGCGUAUAUCAACGGCUGGCAGCCCGAGCCGGCUCCCCGUCACUGA